GGUUCAGGUUCCCUCUAGGACGCCCUUGGCCGAGAGGAGGCCUCCAACGGCUGGCUGGGGGCUUAGAAUUUUAUUUUUGGUUUACAGCGCAGAAGAAGAGCAGUGAGGCCGGGGCGCGGGUGGGGAGGGCAAGGCGGCGGCUCCAAGAAAAGCCAGCCCCUCGCGGCCCGACAGAGUCUCGGCGCCCCGCGGGUCGGUGGAGCCUCAAUGGUGAGCGCAGGCCGGAGCUAGGUGAACACGACCGCCAGAGAGGGGAGGGCCGGACGGAACGCGGGUGAGCGGCCGCAGCUUCCGGCCGGGCCACGAGCGCGGACCCUACGGCCGGGGCGGGAUUUCCGGCAAGGCGCGGAAGCGGCGGUAGCGGCAGGUGGAGAAGUUGGGCGGCUCGCGGAUGCAGGCGGUGCGGCACGUCGUGUGCGCCCUGUCCGGCGGCGUGGACAGCGCCGUGGCCGCGCUUCUGCUGAGGCGGAGAGGUUACCAGGUGACAGGGGUGUUUAUGAAGAACUGGGACUCACUGGAUGAACAUGGGGUCUGUACUGCCGACAAAGACUGUGAAGACGCUUACAGAGUUUGCCAGAUCUUAGACAUCCCUUUCCAUCAAGUGUCCUACGUAAAGGAGUAUUGGAACGAUGUGUUCAGUGAUUUUUUGAAUGAGUAUGAAAAAGGAAGGACUCCCAAUCCUGACAUAGUUUGCAACAAGCACAUCAAAUUCAGUUGCUUUUUUCAUUAUGCUGUGGAUAAUCUUGGGGCAGAUGCCAUUGCCACAGGUCACUACGCAAGAACUUCACUGGAAGAUGAAGAAGUCUUUGAGCAGAAGCACAUUAAGAAGCCAGAAGGGCUUUUCAGAAAUCGGUUUGAAGUUAGAAAUGCGGUAAAACUCCUCCAGGCAGCUGACAGCUUUAAAGACCAGACCUUCUUUCUCAGCCAGGUUUCCCAGGAUGCCCUGAGGAGAACCAUCUUCCCUCUGGGGGGAUUAACGAAAGAGUUCGUAAAGAAAAUCGCUGCUGAGAAUAGACUUCAUCAUGUGCUUCAGAAGAAAGAGAGCAUGGGCAUGUGUUUCAUCGGGAAGAGGAAUUUUGAACAUUUCCUUCUUCAGUAUUUGCAGCCUCGACCUGGUCACUUUAUUUCCAUAGAAGACAAUAAGGUUCUGGGAACACAUAAAGGUUGGUUCCUGUAUACCUUGGGCCAGAGAGCAAACAUAGGUGGCCUGAGAGAGCCCUGGUACGUGGUGGAGAAGGACAGCGUCAAGGGUGACGUGUUUGUGGCCCCCCGGACAGACCACCCAGCGCUGUACAGGGACCUGCUGAGGACCAGCCGCGUGCACUGGAUCGCGGAGGAGCCUCCCGCAGUACUGGUCCGGGACAAGAUGAUGGAGUGCCACUUCCGAUUCCGCCACCAGAUGGCACUAGUGCCCUGUGUGCUGACCCUCAAUCAAGAUGGCACCGUGUGGGUGACAGCUGUGCAGGCUGUGCGUGCCCUUGCCACAGGACAGUUUGCUGUGUUCUACAAGGGGGACGAGUGCCUGGGCAGCGGGAAGAUCCUGCGGCUGGGGCCGUCUGCCUACACACUCCAGAAGGGCCAGUGCAGAGCUGAGGUGGCCACUGAGAGCCCCACUGACAGCCCAGAAGAUGGUCCAGGCCUGAGUCCCUUGCUCUGACAGAGAUGGAGCUGCUAGAAGGAACCUGGAGAGCAGGACCCAGGGCUGGGUGGCUGGUGAGCAGUCCAGGUGCCCAACGGCCAACUUGCUGCUGCCCAAAGCAGAGGAACCGGGCUGGCCGAGGGUCUGAAAAGCCUGCGGGGGCCCGGCGACCCCCAGGAAGAGCCUCACCUCCAGGCUGGGGCUUGGGCUGCUGGAGCAUCUGCUGGCUGGUGGGGUGGCCCGAGUUCCCCUUCACCGCCCCCAGGGAGAGUUUCCCACCUCAGAGCACGCAGAGGGGACCUGCAGAGGGGGCUGCCAGGACAGCGUGGAAUAAACAUUAUUUCAAGGACA